UGCUGAGUUUCGGAGGGGAAACACCGGGACCCCCGGGGGAGCGGCAGCAGGACGGCGGCGGGGUCAGUGGGUGACGGGGACACGCGGAGCGCCGCGGCUCUGGGUCAUCGGCUGACGGGGGCGCGGGGGUCACCGGGGCUGGCGGCAGCAGAGCCUCAGGGACACCGAGAGCCCCCGCGGCACGGGAGCCUUGGCCCGAGGCCGGUGGGUGCCCCUCGGGACGCGGUGCCCCCGCCCGUGUUUAGUCUGGGCGGGAGAAUGCGGGGGGUGACCUUGGACCCUGUCCGGGAGCUGGGCGGUGACGUGUCCCGGGCCGGUGGCGGCCGCGGCGCUGCCCUCUCACCUCCUUCCCCACCGGGAUACCCGGCUCUGCCGCCGCUGACGGACCCCGGCCCGGCUCGGCCUCCCCCGGCCCCCGGCGGGCAGGCCCGGGCAGGCUGUGCCAGGGUGCCAGGAGGGCUCAGCCUAAUCCCCCCAGGCAUUCCGCAGGCGAGCAUUCCAGCGGGGAUCACGGUGGGCACAGUGCCACCCGCAGUCCAGCCCCGUCCUCCCUGCACCCCUAACGCUGCCCCGCCGGGAUGGGGGGUCCCCUGCAGCCUGUACCCCGUCCCUGGCUGGGAGGGGAUCCUCCACAGCAUCCCCUGCUCCUUGGCACCCGCUGCUCCGGGCCCCCCGCAGUCCCUGCAUGCCUGGGGAGGCAGAGGGGGGGGGUCUACCCGGCCACCCCCUCCUGCUGCACAGGGGGCAGAGCUCGGGGGGCCCCUGUGAUCGAGGCAGGGGUGCCAGAGCCAGCGAGUGCUCAGGUGUUUGCUCCACCUGGCUGGUGCCCGGAGCCCCUCAGGCUGCCAGCCCCCCUCUGUCCGUCUGUCCAUCCCUGGCCGUGUGGGGCGUGUGGUGUGGGGGUCACCCUGCCCAGCCUCUGCCCUCAGGGAUGAGAGUGUGGGAGCUCCUCCUGCCCCUCCUCGCCGGUGCAGACCGGGCUCUGCUGUGCCCUCCCCCGCCCCAUCGGCCGGUCCUGCCGCGGGGGCUGCGCUGUGCCGGCCCCGGAGCGCCGGGCUGGCGCCAGGGCCGGGCGGGGGGCGGGCUGGGCUGGGCUCUCGCACCGGGGGCGGCUCUGCCGGGGCUGAGCAGUGUCGGUGCGGUUGGGCCGGGCUGGGUUUGGCGGGGCUGUCCUGCUCCGGGGGCAGCCGUGCUGGGCUUGGCUCCGGUGGGACCGGCACUGCCGCGCUCAGGGCUGUCCUGCUCCCGGGGCGGCUGGGUGGGGUUUGGUCUGGUGGGACCGGCACUACCAGUAUCGGGGCUGUCCUGCUCUGGGGGUGGCUGUGUUGGGUUUGGCUCCUGUGGGAUCAGAGAUGUCCUGCUCUGGGGGUGGCUGUGUUGGGUUUGGCUCCUGUGGGAUCAGAGAUGUCCUGCUCUGGGGGUGGCUGUGUUGGGUUUGGCUCCUGUGGGAUCAGAGAUGUCCUGCUCUGGGGGUGGCUGUGUUGGGUUUGGCUCCUGUGGGAUCAGAGCUGGCCUGCUGUGGGGGCGGCCCUGUUGGGUUUGGCUGGUUCUGCCGGGGCUGGCGGGGCCGGUGCCGCGGGGGCCUGGGUGCGACUGUUUUCACAGCCGUGGCCUCGGUGCUCUUUGGAGAUGCUUGGGUUCCCCUCGGCGGGGCAGGUGGGGCAGCCCAGGGGUGGCCAAGCCCAGCCCAGAGGGAGGAGAAAGAGGAGGAGGAGGAGGGUCUGACCAAGUCCCCCCCUCACUGGGUCCUUGAGGCCAAGACAGAGCGAGCGAAGGUCCCUGCGGUGCUGACACGUCCUUCUCGCAGCUGCCAGCGCCGGGCGAUGCCGGCCAGGACGCGCUGCCGGGGCGGCUGCCGGGGCUCGGGGUGCCCAUGAGGCCGGCGGGGCGCGGGUGGCCGGGCAGCGGUGGCGCUGGCAGGGCGGCAGCACAGGGACACGCUCACUAUGGAGUUCACCACCAUCGACUACACCAUCUUCGUGCUGCUGCUGGUGCUGUCAACGGCCAUCGGGCUGUUCUACGCGCUGAGCGGCGACCGGCAGCGCACGGUGCAGGAGUUCCUGCUGGCCAACCGUGACAUGGGCUGCCUGCCCGUCGCCCUGUCCCUGCUGGCCACCUUCCAGUCGGCCGUGGCCAUCCUGGGCGUGCCCGCCGAGAUCUACCGCUUCGGCACCGAGUACUGGUUCCUCGGCUGCUCCUACUUCCUGGGGCUGCUCAUCCCGGCGCACGUCUUCAUCCCCGUCUUCUACCGCCUGCGCAUCACCAGCACCUACGAGUAUCUGGAGCUGCGCUUCAACAAGACGGUGCGAGUGCUGGGCACCGUCACCUUCAUCUUCCAGAUGGUCAUCUACAUGGGCGUGGUGCUCUACGCGCCCGCGCUGGCCCUCAAUGCAGUGACGGGCUUUGACCUCUGGAGCGCAGUGCUGACCAUGGGGCUGGUCUGCACCCUCUACACUACACUGGGCGGGCUGAAGGCUGUCAUCUGGACAGACGUGUUCCAGACGCUGGUGAUGCUGGCAGGCCAGCUGGCUGUCAUCGUGGUGGGCGCGCAGCACGUGGGCGGCAUGGCCCGUGUCUGGCACGUGGCUGAGCAGGAGGGCAAGAUCUCUGGCAUCGACCUGGACCCCAACCCCCUGGAGCGCCACACCUUCUGGACCCUGGCCAUGGGCGGGGUGUUCAUGAUGCUGUCGCUGUACGGGGUGAACCAGGCGCAGGUGCAGCGCUACCUCAGUGCCCGCAGUGAGCGGGAGGCCAAACUCUCCUGCUACGCCGUGUUCCCCUGCCAGCAGAUCGUGCUCUGCCUCAGCUGCCUCACGGGCCUCGUCAUGUUCGUCUACGACCGGGAGCACUCGCUGACCCCACGCCCUGCCUCCUCUGACCAGCUGGUGCUGUUCUUCGUGAUGGACGUGCUGCGGGACCUGCCAGGGCUGCCCGGGCUCUUCGUCGCUUGCCUCUUCAGCGGCUGCCUCAGCACCAUCUCCUCCGCCUUCAACUCACUGGCCACGGUGACCAUGGAGGACCUGGUGCGGCCGCACCUCCCUGGGCUGUCGGAGUCACGGGCCACGCUGCUCUCCAAGCUGCUGGCUCUCGGUUACGGGCUGCUGUGCCUGGGCAUGGCGUACGUGUCCUCCAUGCUGGGACCUGUGCUGCAGGCGGCCAUCAGCAUCUUCGGCAUGGUGGGGGGCCCCCUCCUGGGGCUCUUCUGCCUCGGCAUGUUCUUCCCCUGCGCCAACCCCACGGGAGCUGCCUUGGGGCUGGUGGCCGGGCUGGCCAUGGCCUUCUGGGUGGGCAUCGGCGGCCUCCUGAAGAACAUGAGGCAGGCUGGGGGGGCCUCCCCCAUGCCCAACAGCACAGCGCUGCCGACUGUGGGCAACCUCACCUCCAUCCUGGCUACCACUCUGCUGCCCCCCACGCCGAGCCCCACGGGGCUGCAGCGAUUCUACAGCCUGUCCUACAUGUGGUACAGCGCCCACAACUCCACCACGGUCAUCGUGGUGGGGGUCCUUGUCAGCCUGCUCACUGGCCCCACGCCACCAGAGGCCCUGGACCCCCGCACCAUCUCCCCCGUGGUGCCCCGGCUGCUCUGCUGCCUGUCCCCCAAAAUCCGGCAGCGGCUCUGCUGUGGGGGGGGAGACCCUGCCCAGACCCCUGGCCAUGCAGAUGCCACAGAGAAGAGCAAUGGGAUUCCCAACGGCCUGGCCCCCCCCGGCCCCGGGCAGCGGGAGGAGGAGGAGGAGGAAGGACAGGGGUACAUCCGCAGUGCCACGGCCCCCUCCUACGCCGUGCAGGAAACCUCCUUCUGACCCCCUGGCGUGGGGAUCUUGGCCACCCCCCAGGCCGGGGGGCUCAAAGCCCCAGAGGGGCACCCACAGACGGUUAGGGAGUGCCAAAUAGUGGGGUGUGGGGUCCCUGGUGGGGGGCCAGUGGGCUGCCCCCCAGGGGGGCUCUGGGACCAUGUCUGGGGGGUGUCAGAGCGGUGCCCCCCACGCAGGUCGGGAUGCUGCCCAGUGCCCCUGGCCUGGCCAUGUGCCUUACACACUGCUCUGCUCUGGGGGCUGCCUGGACCCCUCGGGGUGCAGAGCACACCCCCCAAGGCCCUGUCAAUCGUCUCUGUGUUCAACGUCCCCCCAAUAAAUGGUUCUGGAGCACA